GGGACCUCAGAAGUCGCGCCUUUAUCAGCCUGGGCUCUGGGAGGCCGCGCCUUCUUUUUGACCGAGCGAGAAGAAGAAGCGAAGCGACCAGACAAGGGGCGACGAUGCUGGGAUUCCUUGGGUCCGUGUUGCUGCCCUUGCUCUUGGUCCCUCUUUCAGUAUUUGUGCUAGUGCCGUAUGUCAGGAAGUAUUUUGGAGGAGGAGUGUGCAAGUCUGCAGCACAACUGAAUGGGAAAGUUGUAGUCGUCACGGGAGCCAACACUGGUAUAGGGAAGGAAACGGCUGGAGACCUUGCAAGAAGAGGUGCCAAAGUCAUCCUUGCUUGCAGAGAUAUGGCAAAAGCAGAAAUGGCAGCCCACGAAAUCCGGAUCAAGACAGGAAAUCAAGAGGUUAUAGCAAAAAGAUUAGACUUGGCAGACACCAAAUCUAUCAGAGAAUUUGCCAGUAAUUUCUUGAAAGAGGAGAAAGAACUCCACAUACUCAUCAACAACGCAGGGGUUAUGAUGUGCCCCUAUUCAAAGACAGCUGAUGGUUUUGAGAUGCAUUUUGGAGUCAACCAUCUUGGCCAUUUUCUCUUAACGUUCCUGCUAAUAGAACGCCUGAAACAAAGUGCACCAGCUCGUAUUAUAAAUGUGUCUUCGCUGGGUCAUCAUAUGGGGAGGAUUCACUUCCAGAAUCUCCAGGGUGAAAAGUUCUACUUUCGGGGCUUGGCAUACUGUCAUAGCAAGCUGGCCAAUAUUCUUUUUUCUCGGGAAUUGGCUAGACAUCUGCAAGGUUCCGGCGUCACCGUGAAUGCCCUGCAUCCAGGCACAGCUUUGUCUGAACUUGUUCGCCACUCCUUUACACUAAAAGUUUUGUGGAACAUAUUUGCUAUCUUCUUGAAGACACCUUGGCAAGGAGCUCAGACCAGCAUAUAUUGUGCAGUGGCAGAGGAGCUAGAGACAGUCAGUGGAAAAUAUUUCAGUGAUUGUAAACCAGCAAAUGUAUCAUCUCAAGGACGUAAUGAUGAAACAGCAAAGAAGCUUUGGAGUGUUAGUUGUGAACUCCUUGGUGUCGAGUGGAAUUGACCUGCAAAGGCCAGCUACACCUAAAUCCUGUAUUUUGUAUGUAAGACUCUGGAAAAGUGUUGCUUUCAUGGAAUGUUCACAGAUCGGGUUAUGUUCAUUUUUUAAUAAAAACGUUAAUCUCAGCGUUUCCAUUAAAAUAGAGCUCAAACAACUGUUUAGUGUAUGGAACUAUCUACUCCAUGCUGAAGGUCUCCUGAUUCCCCCUACAAAAAAUAAUAACAACUCCUUAGUUUUUCUGGGUUUUCUGGCAGUGUGAAUUAUGAAUUGUUUGAUGUGGUUUUGCACAACAUGCUGGGCUAAAAGGUUGCUGGCUCAUUUGUGAUUCAGUAUGCCAUGAAAACAUGCCAGGCUACAAAAUUACAUCAAUUAUCUUUUUUUUUUUUUGAAAUUUUUAGAUGUUUAUAGCAUGGUUUUGUUGUCUUAGUUUCUUUCAUUUGCUGAAUUAUUUUGCAGCUACAUAUUUAACAAGAAACGAUAUUAAGUGAUUAAACAGUAAAUUGUCCAAAUUCUUUUAUUUUCUCAAUGAGAGUUUAACACUUUUGUUCAUUGGAAGUUUAGAAUUCCUCCGUUACAGUUUAGUACAGGAUAGUUCACAGGACAGUUUUGCUGGUGAGAAGGGGAUCCUUUAAAAAUCCUAAAGAAUCCAAGUAACAAUAUAAAGUGCAUAAAAUGCAGUGCAAAGAGUGGACCCAACAUUCGUCUCAAUUUUCUCUCCCACACAAGUGUCUUCCCUUUGGAAGGUAUUGAUGAGAAGAGUUUGGAGAUGAAAGGACAAGCCAUGUUGCGUACUAAACUCAAUAGGCAGCAUAGCUUAGCACACAGCAAAUAAUGAAUCCUGUUCUUUUCUUAAGGUAGAAGAAGUAAUGAGAGUCACAGAAAGUCCAAUCAGACUAUCUCCUGGGACUCAUGGCAGUUGAGCUUGAUAAGACAGCAAAAGCAGAUUUUAUAACUCUUAGAUUCCUAGUAGGAUAACUUCCGAGACCCCAAAGGUAUGAAAAGAUGGAAGCUAGAUAUAGCCCUCCCAAGUUACUUAACCUCAAGGUUAUUUCCGGCUGCCAAAUCCAGUGAACUAAGGAUUACUAUUCUUGUGGCUGUGAGCUGUGGCUGUUUCCCUGGAAGAGUGCAGCUUAGAUCGUUUGCUAAAAUUAGUGGGAAAGGAUGAUGUUCAUCUAAUAAUUUUUUUAAAAAAAAACUCACAUUAAACCAUUCUGAAUAAUUUCUUAAAACUAAUGCCAUUUUGAUAACAGUUUGAAUUUUUCAAGUUAAAAACUUGUUCUCAAUGACAGCCAUAUUCUCUUCUAUAGAGCAUGCUGUGGUCUCAUUGUUUUCUAUAUCAUGUCACUGAAAGGACAAUGAGAACUUCAGACUGUUUCAAGGAAAGGUGGCAAAUAUGGGUAGAGGUUCCAAGUGGGAACUACUAUUCAACCUUCAUCAUUUCUUCCUCCAUUUUCUGUGUUAACUGGUUAUUUUCUGGCCUCAGACAGUAACAGGUGUAGGCUUACAGACCUGUUAUCUCUUAUGCACAGAAUUCAAUUACAGCUUCUUCCUAUGAAAAUCAAUAGAGCACUGUACCCAUCUCAAAAUGCGACUUGGUUCUUUAUUGAUUUGGCUGUAGCUCUGCAGUGUCGGGGAUCACAAGCAGAUAUAAACUCUUGUUGAUGUGGGAUUUGCAUUCAUAAAAACAGUGCCUAAAGGAGAGCUAUCUCCAUGAUCAUCAA